GAUCUCGUUGAGUGAUAUUCUUACUCAUCAAUUUCUUUCCAUUAUCAGAAGUUUGAACAACUGUGCAUGUAGCCCUUGCCACUCUCUUCAGUGUUUUGAAUGGCAGAGUUGUGCCAAACCACCGUCAACCCACAACGCACCGACUACACCAGAAUCGAACAGUUGGACAGUGAUCAUGAGUUGAGGAUUAAUGUUUGUGAUCUUGUAAUUUUGUUAUCUGCAACUUUGAUGGCGUUUCAUUUUCUCUGAAAACGUAAUGAGAUACGGAUCCUUUACUGGGAGGUUGCUUUAACGGAGGAAUAUGACUGCAUUUUGGAAUAACACAAUGAUUCUUCUACCAUGUUUACCUCUCAUCUUUGUACUUCUUAGUAUUACCCAGGUCUAUUCCUUCAUAAACUCACCAGGUUCAAAACUGGUCUGCGAACGCGAGGGCGAAGAAGUCACACCGUCAAUAUUAAAAGGAAAUCCAUGUAUUAGCUGUUUUUGUAGGAAUAAAGAGGUAGUAUGUAGAAGGGAAGUUUGUGAAGAUCUUGUAGAUUGUGCACUAGUAAUAACGACGCUAGGAGUCGACUGCUGCGAAAAAUGCAAAGGUUGUCGGUAUAAUGGUGAUAUUUAUAAUAGUGGUGAUACAUGGACUGCCCACGAUGACCCGUGUAGAACAUUUCAAUGCCGGGAGGGCGUUAUAACAGCAUCCGUCACGCAAUGCGAGCCAAUCGACUGCCCUUUCGGCUCUCAGGUGUUGCCUGGACAAUGCUGUCCUUCAUGUACAGGUUGCUUUGUAGAUGGAAGGCUACGAGCCGACGGUGAGAAGUUUUCCCGAGAUUCCGAUCCUUGCACGGAAUGCGUCUGUGAAAAUGGAAGAGUCACGUGUUCUAAACAAACUUGCCCCGUCCUUUCUUGCCCCGAAUACCAAGUCGAAACACCAGAGGGAAAAUGCUGCCCAAAAUGUGUCGCUCAACGGAAAGUGUUUGAUCUCGGAGACAGGUGUCUCUUCCGAAACAAUAUCUUUGACGCAGGACAGACCGUCUUCAAAGACAAGUGCACCAAGUGCGUUUGUUUGGAGUCAACAGUUAUGUGCCAUAGAGAAACCUGUCCGUCAGCAUUAAACUGUCCGUCGGGCAAUGUUGUACAGGGAGAGGACGACUGCUGUCCUCGCUGCGAACCUUUAGUGUGUGACGUCAACGGGACCAAAUAUCAGGAUGGUGACGUGUGGCAUCAAUCUGUGUGUGAAUCCUGCAGCUGUAACAACGGACUUGUACGAUGCAGAGUUGAAGAGUGUCGUUUGGAUCUUGAGUGUGAAACGAAUUUUGAACUGAAGACGCUCGAAGGAGAUUGCUGUCCACAGUGCAUAGAAAAAAAUGGAGUAUGCACAGUAUUCGGCGAUCCACACUACCGCUCUUUCGAUGGCCGACUCUUCAAUUUCCAGGGCCGUUGCAAGUACCUUCUGGCAGCCGACUGCAGUACCAAUGACUUCCGGGUCAGGGUUCGCAAUGAUGGCCGCAACACCAAAUCCUUCUCUUGGACAAAGACGGUGUUUCUGACCCUUGGAAAACACUCAAUCACUCUGCUUCAAGACUAUGUCGUCCGUGUCAACAGAGAGACUAUCACAGUUCCUUAUAGCAUCGACACAGCGUUUAGGAUAUACAAAGAUAGUUAUAACGUCAUAGUAGAAACAAAUAUAGGUAUAAUUCUAUCGUGGGACGGGGACAGUUUUGUGGAAUUGUCGGUGCCGCCCCAGUACAAGAGCAAGAUGUGUGGUUUGUGCGGUAACUACAACGGGGACCGUCAUGAUGAUUUAAGAACUCUCAAAGGCGAGUUUACGAAUGAUGUAAGAACGUUUGGAGAGUCGUGGAGAGUCGGCGGUAAUAAAUUUUGUGAUAGGACAGUGACGAAAGCGUUAAAGUAUUCUUGCUGGGACGACAGCGUUGCAAGAAGACGGGCACAGAGGGCGUGUCGGACUAUCAAGUCGAAGACAUUUCAACCCUGUCACGAUGUCGUCGAUUUAUGGGUUUAUUAUAGGUCUUGUUUAACAGAUAUGUGUGAAUGUCAGGAAGACAGACUAUGUUCAUGUGAGGCAGAAUCAGCUUACAUCCGGGAAUGCCGUAGACAGGGCGUUGAACUCAACUAUACCCAGAAUGCAUUGUGUUCCGACAUGUCAUGAUACAGAAUACAUACUAUGCUGAUCAGUCUGUAUCUGCAUUGGUAGCUGCUGAAAGGAGUUCAAACCACGACCGUACACUGAAAAUAACAAGGUGUCGAACCUCAAGGUCGUGUGAGUCUGUGGAAGUCAAUUGUGAUCUAUGACGAAAGCUUGCAUAGCGCCAUCUACUGAGCGUCGUAGAGGAAAAAUCGCCUGGAAGUGAAGCGGAGCUUUGUCAUCACGAGCUUCAUUGAACUUCCCACGUCAAAUCACUCCGACCAAUCCCGCUGCUACGAAGAUACUGCGAUAGUGAUACGAGUAAUGACCGUAGAAACUGCGUUCAGAUAGCUCCGUCCAUGUACUGUUCACAGUAAUGUUGUAAUUCAGUCCAUUUGAAUGACAUAAGGAACUCAUUAUCUCACAAUAUUACAUUAGUAUUUUCUUAAUCUAGGCUGUUCAAUAUAAUUCAUUUUUAUUUUCAACAAUAAUAUUUAUUAAUUGACACAUUCAACUAAUAGAAAUGAUGGAAUCAUAUCCAUACAAAUGGGGAAACAAGAAAACACAAAAUGUAUUGUUAAGAAAUAUUCCUUCUUACUUUUGAUUAUAAACAUAGCACUAAUUUCAUGUUUUAUGAUUAACCUAAUCAAGAUGACUGGGCGGAAUUAAAUUCCUACUUUAAGUUAUUAUUUAUGUGGAUAUUAUUGGGGCGCCAUUAAUUUACGACAUCAUCAUACAACAAAUGGUCAUGUUGGUGAUUGUAAUACUGUUGUCGGCUACGGGUAUUAUUUAUUUACCAAAAUUAUAAUAAUUUUCCAAUAUCCGCAAAUGUCAGCGUGAUCAGGGAAAUAUGACUGCAGGACUAGAUUAUUUGUUUUUCUCAUUAUAUCAAGGGAAUGUUAUGUUAAUUGCAUGUUCUUUGAUUUAUAGCAAAAUAAAAUAGUUCAUUUUCCACACCCUUCUUUCUCCUUUUGGGUAAGAUUAAGACUUUGACAUAUAUAUUUCAAUUUUUUAUUAUAUCGGAGCAUAAAUGCAUAAUAAUAAAUAGUGAUUACAAUGUAAUUUUUCCCUAUCAUGAAAGGAUGAUUUAUUUUGUGAUAACUCUUAUUUGAUCUAUUGAACUUACACAAUAAAUAAUUCAUAUUUGUAUAACGAAUAAUAACAACGUGCCAGAUAUGUGCAAUAUGAUAUAUUUCCAUUGGUUAUAAAGUCGAUAACAUUACAUAUCGUCAUAUUGUAUUGCAGAAAUUUGAAGAGGUUUAUUUGUCAAAUAUUGAUUUUUUUUUAACCAAUAUCUAAAAUCACACAACUUCUAACAGGUCAGUCUUUUUUUUUCUUAAAAUGUAGGCGUACAUUUGCUGGAACUAAAUUGCUCCGAAAGUAAACUCGGUAUCGAAUAGGGUGCACGGAAGUAAUCCUUAUUAUUUUCGUUCGUCAAGGGGUUCGUUUUCAUCGUUUGAUAAUAACACUCUUUGAACCUUCUCCUACAAACUUUCUCCGAACUCCAUUUCAUUCGAUAUGCCAUAGGUCAGGUGGUUUCCUGUUUCGUUUGGAAAAAAUGGUAAUGAAUUAUAAAUAAAAUUUCGUCAUUACUUUUGUUUAUAGUCUCAAUGUAGAGUCUCAUGUAAAGUAGAUGAUAUACGUUGUGCUAUUUCAUGACGCUUCUCAAAAGUUUGCGUCAACAUGAAAACAAAGAAAAAUCAAAUUAUUUACUUUAGCUAUGAUUCAGUAUUGUACUUUCUAAGAGAGAUGUUUGUCAGAAAUUGCAUUAUUAAGAUGGUGCUAAAGAUGACAGAAUUACCUACUGUAUUAUAUACAAGUAAAGUGUAGUUUAGUUUCGUCUGUGUUUCGAGUUAUUGAGAGAGUACAAAUUAUUUAUUUCGGCUAUGUCGACAGUAAAAAUGAAAUUAGUUUCAUUAUGGUGGUAUAGUUUUUGUCAUUAAUCUGUAUGUACAAAGCAAAAUUUUUAUAAACCUACCUCUUCUACCAAUCUUGUAAAUAUCUUAUUAUCCCCAUUUUCCUAAGUCAAGUAAUUGGUAUAUAUGUAUAACAUAGAUAUGUAUAUCUGAAUUUUACAGUUUGGCUUUCAUGUUGAUGACGUCAUUGAGGUCAGAGUUGAAUGCGACUUUGAACUUUGUUACGUGAACUUGUUUCAUGUGGAGCAUGGAUGGGAAGUUGAAUAUUCGAUUUGUUUUUUUAGUUUAUUGUACAAUUUCACUUGUUGAAACUAUUGGUCUUCUUUAUAUUUUUUUUCUCUUCUGUUUUGGGGAGUCGAAAAACUGGAAGGAUUUAAGAAAAAAAAUCAUAUUUUUGGUAAUUCGUCAUUAUGUUAACACCAAUUUACCUACGCAAAUCUCUCAUUCCCACAUAUCUUGUCAUUAUCAUUCUAAAUUAGGUCAUGACAUAACUCAUUUUUAAAUAUGAAUAAUAAUUUAUUAUUGAAACGAUUAGAUUCUGUAGCUGUACAUUCUCUGUCCAAUCGUGUUUGCUUCCUUAUUGUAGAAGGGGAAAGUAAGGCGUCUUUAUAACAUCAGUUGAUGAAAUUAAACCUACAAAAAUACAAAACAGA